CUCUCGUCAUCAGUGACAGCCCCGAGUCGUGCUUCGUUUUGCGCCUCCUGUCCAGAUGCUGUCACUUCCACCGUGGCAAAUAGUCCUGGGAGGGAGUGGGGUUCCGGAGCGCUAACGGAGCGGCGGGGGCGCCGAAGGCUGCUUGCCGGGGCCCUGGGCAAAGGUGCGGAGGACGUUGGGGCCCUCCCGGCCGCGGUGGGAGCGGGUGAAGCUGAUUAAAGCCCUGCUGCCCGGCACGGAUCCCUCCGCCGCCUGUCGCGGUGCUGAGGCCGAGGGAGCCGCCAUUUUGGAUGUUCGGUUCCUGCUGCCACUGCUGCCGCCGCCCCCGGAGCUGCCGGUUUGACUCGAGGUUUCGGGCCGAGGAUGCCAGCCCCCAUAAGGCUUCGGGAGCUGAUCCGGACCAUCCGGACAGCCCGAACCCAAGCAGAAGAACGAGAAAUGAUCCAGAAAGAAUGUGCUGCCAUCCGGUCAUCUUUUAGAGAAGAAGACAAUACGUACCGCUGUCGGAAUGUUGCAAAAUUGCUCUACAUGCACAUGCUGGGCUACCCUGCACAUUUUGGUCAGUUGGAGUGCCUCAAGCUUAUUGCUUCUCAAAAAUUCACAGACAAAAGAAUCGGCUACCUAGGGGCCAUGCUGCUGCUAGACGAGAGACAGGACGUACAUCUUCUAAUGACCAACUGCAUCAAGAAUGAUCUUAAUCAUAGCACACAGUAUGUGCAGGGGCUGGCACUCUGCACUCUUGGCUGUAUGGGUUCCUCAGAAAUGUGUCGAGACCUUGCAGGAGAAGUAGAGAAACUUCUUAAAACUUCCAAUUCAUACUUAAGAAAAAAGGCAGCACUUUGUGCUGUACAUGUCAUCAGGAAGGUACCUGAGCUUAUGGAGAUGUUUUUGCCAGCCACAAAAAACUUACUGAAUGAAAAGAACCAUGGUGUCCUUCACACAUCUGUUGUCCUGCUCACAGAGAUGUGUGAGAGAAGCCCAGACAUGCUGGCACAUUUCCGAAAGCUUGUACCACAGUUAGUUCGUAUUCUAAAGAACCUUAUCAUGUCUGGAUAUUCACCAGAGCAUGACGUGUCUGGGAUCAGUGACCCCUUCUUACAGGUGCGAAUCCUGCGGUUACUAAGAAUUCUAGGACGAAAUGAUGAUGACUCAAGUGAAGCAAUGAAUGAUAUAUUGGCACAGGUUGCCACCAAUACGGAGACUAGUAAAAAUGUAGGAAACGCUAUUCUCUAUGAAACGGUUUUGACUAUUAUGGACAUCAAGUCAGAGAGUGGACUAAGAGUAUUAGCCAUAAAUAUCCUGGGUCGUUUCUUAUUGAACAAUGACAAAAAUAUUAGGUAUGUAGCUCUAACAUCAUUGUUGAAGACAGUGCAGACAGAUCAUAAUGCAGUACAGAGACAUCGAAGCACCAUUGUGGACUGCCUGAAGGAUCUUGAUGUCUCAAUUAAACGGCGUGCAAUGGAAUUAAGUUUUGCUCUGGUAAAUGGAAAUAAUAUUCGUGGUAUGAUGAAGGAAUUGCUAUAUUUUUUGGAUUCUUGUGAGCCAGAAUUUAAGGCAGAUUGUGCAUCUGGGAUCUUCCUUGCUGCAGAAAAGUAUGCACCUUCUAAACGAUGGCACAUAGACACAAUUAUGCGUGUUCUAACAACGGCAGGGAGUUAUGUCCGUGAUGAUGCUGUCCCCAACUUGAUUCAGCUGAUAACCAAUAGUGUAGAGAUGCAUGCCUACACUGUUCAGCGCCUCUACAAAGCCAUUCUUGGUGAUUAUUCCCAACAACCUUUGGUGCAAGUAGCUGCCUGGUGUAUAGGUGAAUAUGGAGACCUGCUAGUAUCUGGUCAAUGUGAAGAGGAAGAGCCCAUUCAGGUUACAGAGGAUGAAGUACUUGAUAUCUUGGAAAGUGUUCUCAUCUCUAACAUGUCUACAUCUGUUACCCGGGGUUAUGCUCUCACUGCCAUCAUGAAGCUCUCAACGCGAUUCAGCUGUACUGUUAAUCGAAUUAAGAAAGUAGUGUCCAUCUAUGGAAGCAGCAUUGAUGUGGAGCUCCAGCAGAGGGCAGUAGAGUACAAUGCACUUUUCAAGAAAUAUGACCACAUGAGGUCAGCCCUGCUUGAGAGAAUGCCAGUCAUGGAAAAGGUAACUACAAAUGGCCCCACUGAUAUUGUACAGACAAAUGGAGAGACAGAACCAGCGCCACUAGAAACAAAACCUCCACCUUCUGGGCCGCAGCCAGCCAGUCAGGCUAAUGAUUUAUUAGAUUUGUUGGGAGGAAAUGAUAUAACACCCAUUAUUCCAACUGUACCUACAAGCAAACCAGCUUCUGCUGGUGGAGAGCUUCUUGAUUUACUAGGAGACCUCAAUCUGACAGGUGCUCCACCUUCUGCUCCUGCCUCAGUCCCUCAGUUAUCACAGCCUCCCUUCCUCUUGGAUGGGCUUUCAUCACAGCCUCUCUUCAAUGAUAUUGCUUCAGGUAUCCCCUCCAUCACGGCAUACAGUAAGAAUGGUUUAAAGAUAGAAUUCACCUUUGAAAGGUCCAACACUAACCCCAGUGUCACAGUUAUCACGAUACAGGCCUCCAACAGCACAGAAUUGGACAUGACAGACUUUGUUUUCCAAGCUGCAGUACCAAAGACAUUCCAGCUGCAGCUUUUGUCUCCUAGCAGCAGCAUUGUCCCAGCAUUUAAUACUGGGACCAUCACACAAGUCAUUAAAGUUCUGAACCCACAGAAGCAACAACUCCGAAUGAGGAUCAAGCUUACGUAUAAUCACAAGGGCUCUGCGAUGCAGGAUCUAGCCGAAGUGAACAACUUUCCCCCUCAGUCCUGGCAAUGAGGCUUUGGCACCAUUCUUACUAUUGCCCUACCCAAUCAAAGGAACUCUGGGAAGGAGGUUGUGAUCCCUGGCAAGCCCCCCUUCCCACCCUCCCCUCCCAAACUGCACCAUGGGCACGAGUUGCCGAGGAGAGCUACUGAGGAGGAAUUUCCUAAAGUUACUGCUGACCUCAAAGCAUAUCUUGUAAAAGACUAAUCUCCUCCCCUCCUCAGUUGAGGCUGGCUGCUUCAGGAGGCUACUGUGCACUCUUCCUCUUCUUCCCCCUUUUUCCCCCUUUCUUCCCCCAGCCCUCCCACAUUCACAGCCAGAAAGAAUAUUCCCCGGGCCCCUAAGGAAAUAUGCAGCUUGUCUGGAGGAGAAGACUGGAAUUCAUGGCAAGAAAACACUCGCUCUGUCUCUGAAGCAAAUGGUUGCCCCUUCUUUCUGCUGUUGUUUCUCUGUGGGGUGGGUAAAGUGAGGAUAUUUAUUCCUCACUAGCUGGGAUACCAUCUUCAGGCACUUUUUACAUCUGGCAUUCAGGAUGGAAAUCUAUCAAAAGGACAUCAGGGAGCCCUGCCUUUUUCUUUUGGUUCCCCCAAUGUUUGAAAGAGGCAUUAGGUUCCUAGUAGCCUUUUCUGUGCAUUGCUGUAUACACACAGACACACACAUGUAUGUUCGUUAGCUGUAUGAUAACCAAGAGCAGGUCAGGCCUUGAGAGGUUAUUUGUAAACACUGGACAGAUGCAGUAAACAAUUUCUGAUGAGAUUUGGUAUGAAGGUCAUGGUGCUCUAUUUGUGAUAGAAUUUUCCAAGGCUCUUCCAGUUCCCCUGGUUCACUACUCCUUGGCUGUAGUCAUGUAUAAUUAAACAGUUUUCAAAAACUCUUCCCCCGAAGUAUAAGGCAGACAACCUAUAAAGAUACGCUGAGCAGCUAUCAUACCUCUACUUCCCCCAAAAUUUUAACCUUCUUUCCCAGCCAGUGACUUGGCUCUUAAACAUGGUAGACAGGUAAGAAAAAAAGAGGCAGCACCAAGUUGUAAAGAUCAGACUAAUGGACACAGAGCCCCUUUGCCCACAUGAAGAGUGAAUACUAGACUCAUCCUAGAACACAUUGGAGAGUCUUUUUUCCCCAUUACUCCAGACCUCCCUUUUAUUUCCUGAGCCUGGCUUGGACCUUGGCAUUCCGUUUGAAUUCCUUCUUCUAACUGGAACAUUUGUGUUGUAUCUGUAACACUGGCACUGAAAUAAAGACCAUGCAGUUAAAGAAA